CUGGACUCUUCUCAAAAAAAGCUGUACAGGGAAGUCAUGUGGGAGAACUACACAAACGUCAUGUCAGUAGGUAAAGUAAUCCCAGCUGAUACCCAGAAUGGCCUUGGGACCAAAGCUGGGGGUCAGAAACUGAAUCCAGGUCUCCCACAUGGUGGCAAGGAUCUAAUUCAUUGAGUUAUCACUGCUGCCUCUCAGGGUCUUCACCAGCAGAAAGCUGGAGUCAGGAGUCCAAGGUGGGUACUGAACCCAGAUAUUCUAAUAUGGGACAUGGUCAUCUUAACUAGACUCUUACUCACUAGGCUAAAUGCCUGCAUGGGUCUUACUCUUAUUUCAAAACAGUCUGGUAAAUAAUACAUGGUAAAGAUAUGUUUGUGGAAUGAAUGAAUGAGCACAUACAUAUGAGGGGGCUUUCAAAGAGUUGAUUGAAAGUAGAAUUAAAGGAUAAUGCAGGGAGUGGGUUUAGCUUAGGAUUAGACACCAAUUAAAAUGUUAGAAUACCACAUCAGAGUACCUGGGUUUGAUUCCUGACUCAGACUUCUGAGCUAGUACAGACCCUGUUGGUGGUAGUGGUGAGGGACACUGUUGAUAGCUCAAGUAAUUGAGUUAUCACCACCCAUUUGGGAGACCUAUGAAUUCCCAGCUACUAGCUUGGGCCCUGGCCUGCCCCAGCCAUUGCAGGCAUUUAUGGAAUGAACCAGUAGGUAAGAGUUUCUCUUUCACUCUCUCUCUCAAGUAAACUAUUCUGUGAACCUUUUGAAACUCCCUCAAACAAAUGAAUUUCAAUUUCUAUUGGAGCAGCCAAAGUCAUAAUCCUUCUUUCCUAACCCCAUCCACACUUAUAGUCCUAUCAUUCUGGGAGUCUGAGUAUUUUAAUCACAGCCUUCAUCUCACAUUUGAAUUUAUUCUUUAUUUUAUUCUUCCAGGAAACUGGAAUCAGAGCUACAAAACCCAAGAAGAAAGAUUCAGGUAUUUAGAAUGUGAAAAUUCUUCCUGCUGGCAAGGCUGGAAGAAUGCUGGCACUCAGAUAUGUAAGGAGACUGUUCAGGCAGUAGAUUCCGAAGACCUAAAGCAGCAAGAUCUUUCCCAGUGUCAAGAAUGGCUAAUACUCUCCACUCAACUACCAAGAUAUGGAAACUCUGAACUCAAUUUUGAAGAAAAAAAUCCUGGGAACUUAAAAUAUAGAAAUUUCAUACCUUGGCAGUCCUUAGAAACAAAAAUCACUCAAGAUUAUGAUAAAGAAAUCUACAUGAGUGACUCACAUGGCUUUCAAGGGGACAUAGACCAUCUUGGCAGUUCUAGGAAAAAUCUCUCAAUGGGAAAAGAACCAAAGCUUAUAGUUCAGCAUUCUUACAUUCCAAUAGAAGAAGCCCUUCCAGAGUACAUUGAUGAGGUAUGCCAAAAUGACCUACUGAAAGACUCAAAGGAGGAGAAAUGCUGUGGAUGUAACAAAUGUAAAGAACUGUAUUCUUGGAACUCACAGUGUAGUCUCCAUAAGAGAAAUCAACCUGAAGAAAAGCUUUAUCAGUGUUCCAUCAGCACAGCAGGCUUCUCUCAGAGAUCAGAUUUGUAUAGACAUCCAAGAAUCCUCAUAAGUAAGAAGCUGGAUGGAUAUGACGAAAGUCAGAGUUAUGCAGAGAAUGCAGACAUCCAUGUAUUGGAUGAUGAAACUGACAGUAACUUUAGUCAGAGUUCAGGAGUUCAGUUUCAUCCUAGAGCCCAGAAAGCAGAGAUACCUUGUAUCUGCAAUGUGUGUGGUAAAAGCUUCAGUCAGAUCUCUUGUCUUCACAAUCAUCAGAGAAGCCACAUACAGGAGAGCCACAUACAAUUUGAGUGUGAUAAGGAUCUCCACAGAAACUCAAUACUUCACAUUCAGGAGAGACUUAACAUAGAAGAGAAGCCGUUUAAGUGUGAUCAGUGUGAUAAGAGUUUUAGUCGAAGUUCAGUACUUCAUGUUCAUCAGAGAGUCCACACAGGAGAGAAACCAUAUAAGUGUGAUGAGUGUGGUAGGGGCUUCAGUCAGAGCUCAAACCUUCGAAUUCAUCAGUUAGUACACACAGGAGAGAAGUCCUAUAAAUGUGGAGACUGUGGUAAGGGCUUUACACAGCGCUCAAAUCUUCAAAUUCAUCAGAGAAUACAUACAGGAGAAAAGCCUUAUAAAUGUGAUGAGUGUGGAAAGGACUUUAGUCACAGCUCAGACCUUCGCAUUCAUCAGAGGGUUCAUACAGGGGAGAAGCCCUAUACUUGUCAUGAAUGUGGGAAGGGUUUCAGCAAGAGUUCAAAGCUUCACACUCAUCAAAGAGUACAUACUGGAGAGAAACCCUAUAAAUGUGAAGAGUGUGGUAAGGGAUUCAGUCAGCGUUCACAUCUUCUUAUUCAUCAGAGAGUCCAUACAGGGGAAAAACCCUAUAAAUGUGAUGACUGUGGGAAGGGCUUUCGUCACAGUUCUAAUCUUCAUAUUCAUCAGAGAGUCCAUACCGGAGAGAAGCCUUAUCCCUGUGCUAAGUGUGGUAAGGGUUUCAGUCAUAGCUCAGCUCUUCGGAUUCAUCAAAGAGUUCACGUGGGAGAGAAAACUUACAAGUGCCCAGAGUAUUAUAAGGGAUUUGACCAGAAUUUACAUAUUCACAACAAUCACAGAAGAGAAACUUUAUAAAUUUGUUCAUUUAGUUAACAACUUUAAGUAAAACUUAAACCUCAAAAUGUGACUGGGAAAGAUAGCCUAUAAAUAGCAUAAGUGAUGCCAAGCAGCAUAUAUUGUUCCCCUUAACUCCCACUAACAGUUAUUUGCUUCAGAGGAGAUUCUUAGGAAGAGUUCUAUAUAUUUAAAAUUAAAGUAUAUUUUCUUUACAAUAAAACAUAAUAUGUGAUUAUUAUAAAAUAUAUUUUGAAAAAUUAAUAAAAUUCAUCUUUAUUAUUCUAGUCUUCCUGUGAAUUUUAACAUACAUGAAAUCAUAUUCUAUUUUCAACUCUGUUUUCACUGACUUUGAAAUGUUUAAAUUUUGGUUUGAACUGACACUGGCUAACCAUUUUGACACUAUCUCUUGGCUUCCCUGUAAAGUCUUUAGGAAGCUUCAGAAAAUAUGGAACACAUAAAACUUGAAACUCAAAACAGAUAGGUAACCUGUGACUCAAAUAUGGAAGAAUUAACAAUAGGACCAGUGAAAUUCAAUUGCUUAUGAAACAAAAGCUACUUAACAAAAAAAUAGGAAAAUAUUGUAGACUGUGUAUAAGAGGGGCCUUCCAGGAUUUCCUGAAAAAUAUGUAUUAUGAAAAAAGCUAUGCAUGAAUUUAAAAAAAUUUUGUACCAAAAUAAACAUCUUUUAAUUUUCUCUCUCACAAACUUUUUAAAGUACCCCUGUAUAUGGAAGGAAGCUGAUCUCUGGAUUUUCUGACUGCUCUCACUGCUCCACCUCUUCACCCCUCAGCCCUUCCGUAAAAGAGGAGCACAGGGAUGGGCUCAGGCCCAAAGGUGUGUCUUCUCCAUCCUGAAAAGCAGUUUCUGAGCCCUCUUGAACAUCCUGUCCCAGUGCUGACAGCUUUAACUGCCAAAGCUGGUCUUCAGAGUCUGUACUUCCAUAUCACUCAUACAGGAUAAUGAAGCAAACAUAGUCAUAGUACAUGCUAUUUGUAUAGUCAAAAAUAUAAAUACUGAAUACAGAUUAACCAAAAAUUGAGAUAAACUGUAUUAGUAGCUUAAUGGGGAGGGCUAAAUAAGUUGGAGUACAGAAUACAAAUUUCCAUCUAUAAUAGGAAAUCAGAAGACAAUACUUGUCAAUUAAGAAAUAAUGAGUAUAGCAUUUAGUAAUAAGGAUGUAAAAUACAAGAAGAAUCAAUUCAAAAGGAUUGAAACUAUUAGUGGUCCCAGUAGUAUAUAUAGCCAGAUGACCAUGUCAGGCCUCUUAACAAAGCUAACAUGAAGAGAGAAAUAAUUGUAAAAGCUGAAAAAUCCCAGUGGACUCCUUAGUGAGGCAUAAGAUUUCUCUCAGAGCAGGGAUCAUAAUUCUGUGAUCCAGGAUGAACUGUUAGUCUGUCCUUGAAAAAUAAUACAGGGGCCGGCACUAUGGCAUAGCAGGUAAAGUUGCAACCUGCAGUGCCGGCAUCCCAUAUGGAUGCCGAUUCAAGUCCAGGCUGCUCUACUUUCAAUCCAGCUUUCUACUGUGGCCUGGGAAAGCAGUAGAAGAUGGCUCAAGUCCUUGGGCCCCUGCACCCACUUGGGAGACCCAGAAGAAGCUCCUGGCUCCUGGCUUUGGAUCAGCUCAGCUCCGGCCAUUGGGGCCAUCUGGGAAGUGAACCAGUGGAUGGAAGACCUCUCUCUCUUUGCCUCUGCCUCUCUAUGAU